UUGCCCAUGUUUUAUUAGCUUCUUAAGACAAACCCGUCGUAAGUGGUAAAACAUUCGAAUAUUCCAUUAACAUGAAAAUCAAACUAUCUACUUCAUUAACCAGUCUUAUUCAAGUGCCUAUUUGAAAUUUGGCAAAGUAAUGAUAGGUUGCAUUUCUGCGUACGUUCUGUUUCAUUGAAAUUGAAAACCGCAAAAAAAUCCCAUUUCCUAUUUUUUGAAUUUCGUUCUCCAUUCAGUCACUUCAAGUGUCACUAUGAGUUGAACCGAAGCUCCACCUGCUGUCAACUCGCAUCAAACUUCACAGUUUGACAGUUCUUUCAAAACCGAAACUAUGAUGACAUAUUGUAAACAAAAUAUUCGGAUGAAUGAAAAUUGUUUUUAAUUUGUGAUUUUAUUCGAAAUAAACGCAAAAAACUCGAGAUGGAUGUGAAAAAAGAACCGGAUUGUUGUCGUUUGUGUUACACACAGGUUGUAGAAUACGUCAGUAUAUUCGGAGAUACUGCAUCGGCAUUGAAUAUUGUUGACAGUCUACAGCAAUAUUUUUACGAUAAAGUAAGCGACUCGGAUAUAUUACCAAAAGUAAUUUGCUACGACUGUUUGGACAAAGUAGAAGCGUUCCACAAGUUUUCGGAAGAGGUCUUUGCAUUGCGUGAACAAUAUCUGCGACAACAUCUCAACAACGCUGUCAAAGUUGAAGACACAGCAGAAUGUGCCAGUUUGAAUGUCGAGCCAGAAAUCCAUCGGGAGAUUAUUUGCGUGGAGCCAGUGCAACCAACGAUAGUUGAGAGAGAAGACGAGGCUAUUGAAUCAGCCGAAAGUAUAAUACACCUUGAACCGUUGGAUAAACACGAAUUUUCAGAUAACAAUGAAUGUGACGAUAAUGAUGAGUUUGAUUACGACGACAGUUCAAUAUUUGUUGACUCAAAUGAACUGCCACAUGGGACGGAUAACAACGAACUUCCACGGCACAUCGACGAAGUGACUCCUGAACAACAGCAACAAGUUAUUGAUCAAUACUUCGACAUGAAGUGUAUUUAUUGUGAAACAAUUUUAAAAUCAACGGACGAUGCCACCGCACAUUAUGCGAUGAAUCAUAUUAAUCAGCCGCGAGGCUAUGUACGUUGCUGUCAAUCGAAAUUCACAUCGCGAUCAAUAUUCAAAUGGCAUAUCGUGUGGCAUUUAAAUCCGGAGGUGUUCAAGUGCAACGUUUGUGGCAUAAUCAAGAGGAGUUAUAACAAUCUUGCGGAACACAAGGCUGGUCACACGACUCAAUACACUUGCGACAUAUGCCAAAAGACAUUCCUGCUGAAGAACUCAAUGAAACGACAUAUGCGUGAGAUACAUGUGGCAAGGUCGAAGUUUCCGUGCGAUCAAUGCGAUGAGAGUUUCAGAAUGCAGAAGCACUUGGACACUCAUGUCAAAAUGGCACAUCCGAAAGGAUUAGAUGGCUAUGAAGAAGAUGUGCGUAAUAUAAAAAUAAAUUUGAGCCCAGAACAAAUUAAGAGUGUCAUGGAUGCCCAUUUCAAUAUGAAAUGUGAUUUCUGUGAUGUGGUGUUUGAUGGCAUAAAAACGGCCCGACCACAUUAUUUAUCACAACACGACGUCCAAUUCGGAUACAUCAAGUGCUGCAAUAUAAAACUUCGCCAUAAUCAAAUUGUUAUGGAUCACAUCCAAUGGCACAUCAAUCCAGACACAUUCAAGUGUCGAUUAUGCAAAAAAGAGACAAACGGUCGACCAAAUCUACUUAAGCACAUAAAAAGCCAUCAAAUUCUGCAACAAAAACAGUUUUAUUGCAAUCUAUGUGAGAAAAACUUUGAACGCGGCUAUAUAUAUAAAGCUCAUGUAGAACGUGUGCAUAAGGAGAUAGACCUGAUUGAGCCAGAGCCAGAAGAAGAUGAUUUGGAAAUUUCCGACUAUGUUGAUGCAUCGUGUGAUUUGUGUUCAGAAAAAACAUUUACCUCAUUCAAUGCAGUACAAUCGCAUUACUUGGACGUUCACGGGACAAAGGAUGGAUAUGUGAAAUGUUGUCAAAAGAAAUUUCAUCGGUUGCACCUGAUUAGAGAUCACAUGGAAUGGCACAGAAACCCGAAUAUUUUCAGAUGCGACAUUUGCAAUAAAUCAAUGACAAGCCGUCUUACGUUAAGCCAACACAAGGUGCUGCACACAAAAAAGUUCUUCUGUGAAGAGUGUCAACGAUCAUUUCGCGAUGCUAAUAACUUGAGAAAACAUAUGAGAUCACAUAAAGGGAUGCGACCAAGAUUUAUUUGCAAUAUAUGUAAUAAAGCGUAUUUCACGAAAAGAUGCUUCCAAAUUCACUAUGAUACUCACAAUCCGAACAAAAAUAAAUCGUCUGAAUCACUAUCGAUUUGUGAAUUUUGUGCAAAGGCAUUUCCAACAAAACAACAACUGGAAAAGCAUUUAAGAAAGCAUUCGACCGAGCCACCAGAGCCGAGGCCAAAGUUUCAGUGUAACAUAUGCCAGGCUUGGUAUGCGACAAAAGGCAUAUUGAAGACACAUCAGCUGAUGCACACGACAGGGCCACAGAAAUGCAACCAAUGUGGUCGAAUGUCGGCUAACCUGAAUGCACUAAAGUCUCACAUACGACAGGUUCACUGUGCUCCUGAUUUUAAGUGCCAUUUGUGUGACAAAAUAUGCAAGUCGAAGGAUUCACUCAAGAGUCAUAUCGGGACACACCUGAACGAGAAACACUACAAGUGCACAUAUUGCGAUGAGACAUUCAUUUGGCGUACCAACAUGUAUAAGCAUCGCAAGAUACAUACAGCAGAAUGGCUAGCCGACAAGGCCAAGAAAAAGGCAGCACAAAUGAAGCCGUAGAAGAUGAAGAUUACUUCUGACAAAUGAGCAUAACAUAUGAACCGGUGGGCAUAAAAACAGUGCCGAAUGGAACGAAGCGUUUUUUCUUCAUACGGAGUUGUUAUUGUAAAACAAUAAUAAAUAGAAAAUCUCACGCUGUGUUUCCCUUGUUCGGCCACUAAUUAAAUACACUGUUUUUAUUCUCAAUGAAUCAUAUUUCUAUUACAAUUUUAAAUUGUUAGAAUCAUGAGGAAAUAUAUAAAACAGUUUGAAUUGAAGAGUAAA